AUGGGUUCAGAAUUGAAUACUUCGACGCGCUUGCUCCCUCCGCCGGGACCCAAGAUCCGACGGCCUGUGCCCUCAGACCCUUAUCCGCCAUGCAACCCCCCCUUAUUCAACGAUGCUAUGAGCGUUCGUACCACGGUCUUUAUCGAUGAACAAGGAUGCUCGCCCGAAAGCGAACUUGAUGAAGACGACCAGCGCAGUUACCACUGGGUCAUGUACGACACCCAAGCGGACAAGCAAGAACCUAUUGGGGUAAUAAGAUUAGUUCCACCACCACACCCACCGCAUGAAGUCCACUUGAGUAAUGGAGGGCCGAAUCACAGCAAGUCAGGUUCGGAGGGCCAUGCUCAACACGAGGAGCCAUGCGUGAAAUUGACGAGAGUUGCCGUGUUGCCGGCCUAUCGGGGAUUGGGUUUGAGCCGCAAAUUGGUCGAUACGACCCUGAAUUGGGCGGCGGGACACAAGGAGGACAUCAGCUCUGCCCUCGGACCCAAGGAGUCCUGGAACGGACUUGUUCUGGUCCACGCUCAGGUGCAAGUGGAGGCAUUGUACGCUCGAAUGGGAUUCGUGACGGAUGAGAGUAUGGGAAAGUGGGAGGAAGAGGGCAUUUUGCACGUUGGAAUGUGGAAAAGGAUUGAAUUAACUACCACAAGCCACUAA